CAACGCAGUCGCAGGCGUCGUCUCCUACAAAUGGCUCCUAAAACCAUACUCUUUCUCUCCCACCUCCGUCGCUCUUCUUCUUCGUCUCUCUCUCCGCUCUCUACUUUCUGCAUAUCUUACCUGCUCUAUAACCGAAACCAUCUCGUCUCACCAACACCAACACCGCCACCACAACCUCAAUUGUUGAACUCGCUUCCGGCUUUUCGAUUAUGUUUAUCGGAAUCAUUCUCUACUCGUUCAACCGGUGAAUCAGAUCAUGAGCUAUGGACGAAUUCAGAGCUGGUAAACACGGAGCUUAAUCAUGUAAUUGAUAGUGGUGCUUGUACUGUAGAAGAGUCCAUACUUCCGGUUCGUGCUCUGAUUUCGUUGCUCGAUGGAUUCCAUGACUUCACCGGGUUGCCUUGGUGGUUCAUCAUUGUUUCUUCCACUAUUGCAAUGAGAAUGGCACUGUCGCCGCUGCUUAUUUUGAAGCUUCACAAGUUGAAAAGGAUUUCAGAGUUAUUUCCUAAAUUGCCUCCUCCAUUGCCACCACCUAUGUCAGGAAGGAGUUAUAUUGAUCAAAUUUCACUCUUUCAGAAGGAAAGACGAUCUAUUGGGUGCCCCUCAUUUCUAUGGUUCGUUUCGUAUCUUUCUGUCCAGGUGCCGUGCUUUUUUUUGUGGAUGUCCAGUAUUCGAAGAAUGUCCCUGGAUCACCAUCCUGGGUUUGAUUGUGGUGGCAUUUUCUGGUUCCAGAAUUUGACUGAAUAUCCUCAUGGUAUUUCGGGCUCCAUCUUUCCUGUAAUGGUUGCUGCUUUUCACUAUAUUAAUAUCCAGAUUUCUUUUCGGGACUCUUCAGUUCAAAAAGUGACAGGCAAUGCCAAUUUGUUAUUGAAAUACUACAAGGACUAUUUGGAUUUGCUAACAAUUCCACUAUUUUUCAUUGGUUUCUGUCUUCCCCAGGGAAGUCUGGUCUACUGGGCCACAAACAGUUCAGUAAGCAUCAUUCAGCAAUUAUGCCUCAAAAAUCCAGCUAUUCUCACAAGAUUGGGGCUCCCGGUCAAGGACUCUCAACAAGUUGUUAUAGAUUCAGAAGAACCUAACACGUCUAAAAUAACCCCUUCACACCAAUCUACAAAGGAGCAUAAAAUUUCUGUACAAGAUUUGUCACCGAAACAGUUGGUUAAUCUUUCGGUCAAACGCUUAUCAGAAGGGCAUAAAGAAAAAGCAAUUCCUUUGCUGCAAUUGGCACUUGAGAAGGAUCCUGGAUAUGCAAGGGCAUUGAUUGUCUUGGGGCAGAUUCUAAUGCAGAAAGGACUGAUGGCUGAGGCCACUGAACAUUUAGAGCGUGCCAUUUCCCAGCUGCUUGUUGCUGGUUAUCCAUCUGAUGUUGAGGAGAUUGAUCUUCUAAUUCUUGCUUCUCAGUGGGCAGGUGUUACCUGUAUAAAGCAGGAGAGAAACGUGGAAGGAAUUGUGCACCUGCAAAGAGUCGCUAAUGUUAAAGAGCCAGAGGAUCCAAAGAGCAAAGCUCAUUAUUUUGAUGGGUUAGUUUUACUUGCGAGUGCAUUAUAUCGCGAAGGUCGCAAGGCUGAAGCUGCGAAAUAUCUACGCCUAGCUGCUGCUUAUGAUCCCAAGUAUAACGAAUUUCUGGAACAAUGUGAAAACCCUGAGCCUGAGGAAGAUUUUGCUAGCGACAUUGUCAGCAGCAGGAGAAGAGAUUACUAACACCUUAAGGUAAUUGUAUUAUUUACUUGUUUCCCAUCUAUUGGCUUGCUUUUUAGUGAUCUAAUAUUAUAAAUCUAAAUAAAUCUGGAAUUCAUUUUGGGGGCAAAUUUUGUGACAGAAUAAUAAUGUUCUCUAUUGUCUACAUUGUUCCAAAUAUGGGUUGAAAUGAAGUAUUACAAAUCUAUGAUCACUUGAGAUAUCCGUCUGAGUUGUAAGCAGCGUACAAAGAUGACAUGAUCUCAAUAAUAAUGUCUUCCCAGUCAGGAAUGCCUGUCUGUUCUGUU